CUCUCUCUCUCUCUCUUCAGAAAUCAAAGAGACAAGGCUCCUUGAGAGCCAAAGCCAACUCUGUCUUUGCAUUCCGAUUGAAUAACGUCCUGAACAAACCUGAAUUUGUUCUGAGUUUGUACGACAUCGAAAAGACAUGGAAAGAAAGAAAGAAAUAAUGGUAAAUGUAGCUAAGAAGAUAGUCGACAACAUAAGCGCGAUGUCUUUUGUAAAUUUAGACGACCAACAACUGCAUUCUCUCAUGAUGAUGAGAGAAAUAGCGCGUGGUGUUGUUGAUAACAGAGUUGAAAAGGUUACCAAGGAUGAUCUGAAAACAAUACUCUCUUCUAGUAUUGACAAGAUGGUGGGUUCAUGUAAGGAUGUCAAUAACAUUUUGAGUAAGAUGCCUUGUGACAAUAUGGAUGAACAGCAGACGCAAUCGGUGUCGCGAAUGAAAGAGAUUGCGUCGACGAUUGUUACUAAUCGAGCUAAACUUGCAACCACCUGUCACCGUGAAAUUCAUGAACCUGUGGAAUUGGUUAAUGGAGUUGAUGAAGAGACCGUGGUUAGUAACGUGGGAAUUAAAGAUAUAGAUCCUGAGGAGAUUCAAAGGAGAUUAUUUGGAAAUGAUACACACGCAGAGCCUACAAACAGUGUCUCCUAUACUUUUGGUGGGUGGAUGGGCCCUGGGGUCGACUUUGAGGCGUUGGGAAUUUCUAAUCCUCCUUCUUGGAGUGUUAACUUGCCGGAUGGUGCAGGUGGCACCAAAGAUGUCCAAGUUCCAAAGGCCCCUUUAGGCAGUGUGGUAGAAGGAAUGCCUCUAUCUGCGUACUUACCGGAGCCUCACAGGUCUGCCUUUGAGUAUCUCUUGGAGCUCAUUGCCGCCCUCAAACAUAUGAUUUCAACAAGACCGGAGAGUCCAAACGGAGUUGAAAAACAAUGAGGCAGACUUCAAGCCAAAGGAGCAUAACUAACAGCGUGCCAAAACUUAGUGCAUGAUGAGAAGUGGCUAGUUUAGAAUGUGAUUUGGAGCGGAAUCAGCAAUGUAGAGUACCAGGCUCUGGCUGCUUCUGUUCGGCUAACUUCUAAUGCUAUCAUUACAAAAGGUGCAUAGAUCAUAGUUCCUAGAAUUGGCCUACGGCCACGAAUUUUGUCACCUUUUUUUUUUUUUUUUUUUUUUUUAUAAAAAGUAAAACUUGGUUAGUUUUGGAUGAUCUUGUCUGCGAUGCCGACUGGCUUAUACAUUUAGAAUAGAAUUUAUGACCGUUUAAUUUUCUCGUGUAUCCUUCUUUUAGGGUCCAAUAUAUUUUACUAAGGAGAGAGCCUGUUUGAAUCCAAAUUAUGUGUGUAGUAUUUUUUUUUUUUUUUUUCAGUUGGAUUCUUAUUUAGUUUAACGGAAUUUGUAAUGUUUGAGCAUUGUGUUUGAUCAUAUUUUGGCAGCCUCCAGUUGAUCAGAUUAGUUAAAUGCCCUGACUAACAUGGAUGGAAUUUUGGACAAUAAACGAAAUUUGGCCCUCCAUUGAGCUUUCCUGAUAG